CUGCCCCGGACCCACCUGCGCCUUAUCAGGGGCUGGGCAGGGCCUCGCCCAGCCAAAGAGGACCGGGCUCGUCCGGACUGCACACUCCCGCUGCCGGCUCCUCCACGCCAUGGAGGCCCUGAAGACCCUUCUGGUGAUCAGCGCCCUGCUCCUCUUGCCCGCUGAAGCCCAGCAGGCCACCGAGCAUCGCCUGCAGCCGUGGCUGCAGGGCCUGGCUGCCGUUGUGGGGUUCCUGUUCAUAGUGUUCGUCCUCUUGCUCGUCAACCGCAUCUGGUGUACCAAAAGGAGAGCUGAGGACGAUGAAUCCAUGUUCAUAGUGGAGACCAGGCCGUACCAGAGCACAGACCUGAGUAAAGAAGGCAAGAGAGAGGAGAAAAGGGCCAAGAAGGAAGGAGAGAGCAACUUGGGGCUGGAACUGGAGGAGUCCCAGGCGAAAGCCACGAUCACCCCCAUGUGAAGAUUUCCUGCCCACCUCCUCCAGGCAGACCUCCAGAGAUGCCUCUGUAACAGGUGACCUGGACCUGAAACGACCGAAAUAACUACAGGAAUACAGACCCCGAAUGAAGAGGCUUGGGACCUGCCUCCCCCACCCCGCAAGAGGGCUCUUUGCCCUUUCCAUGGUCUCUAUGCACCUCCUUUCCGAUUUGUCCUGUGUGGUGAUUCUUACUGACGCGUGAUGAAGAAAUCCCCUACCUCCCACAACCUCAUGGCUCCCCCGCUCCCACCCACUGUCUGGUUUCUUUUCCCUCUGCCUGAUAGUUCUUGGUUAGAACCUCCCCCCUCAGGAUCAAUAUGGGCCAAGACUGCCUCUUGGGAACCUGCAUUAAAUAAUUGAUCAGAGCCCAGCCAGUGUUGCUCAGUGGUUAACGUCGACCUAUGAACCGAGAGGUUAGGGUUCAAUUCCCAGUCAGGGCACAUGCCCAGGUUGCAGGCUUGAUCCCCAGUGGGGGAUGUAUAGGAGGCAGCCAAUCAAUGCUUCUCUCUCAUCACUGAUGUUUCUAUCUCUUUCUCUUCGUUCUCCCUCCCUCUCCCUUCUCUGAAAUUAAAAAAAAAUACAUUUUAAAAAAGAGAAUUGAUCAGAGCUGCCUAGCCAGUGUGGGUCUAUGGAUAGAGUGCUGCCAAUAUACCAAGAGGUAACAUGCCCAAGUUGCAGAUUCCAUCCCCAGUGGGGGGUAUGAGGUAGCCCAUUGAUGUUUCUCUCUCACAUCACAUUGAUGUUUCUGUCUCUCUCUUCCUUUCUCGUCCCCUCUCUCUAAAACAUA